UCUCGUAAUAUUACGACUUUUUUCAUGUAAAGUUAUGACUUUAUUCCGUAAAUCUCAGAUGUUUUUCCCCUCAAUGGGACCCUCAUACUCCGUCAUACAUUAACACUUUGUCCCUCACUGCAUUAGACUUAUAUACUAUAUACUUAGACUAUAAACUGCGUUACCUUCAUCACAAUGCUCAAAUGUUUUGCGGCUCCAGACAGAUUUUUGUUUUGGUUUUUUUUUCCUAAAAUGUCUCUUUUGAUAGUAAAGGUUGCUGACCCCUGACCUAACAGAUCUGUAGGCUACAAGUCUUUAUCAAGAGUGUUUCAUCAAGGGUCAAUGGAAGACUUUUAUUUUGGAAUUGCUAGCCGGAAGUCAUUAAACAUCCACUGCAGAUCACUUUCUGUCCUCUUUCUCUCGCGCACAUUUUGGCAAAGUUUCAGUCUUCAUUCAGGAUGGAGAGCAACCAGUCUUCAGGUUGUCCUCAGUGAGCUCUGAGCUGCAGGACUUUAAUACAUUUCAUCAUAUUUGUGGAAACAUCAUAAUCAUCUUGAACUUAAAAAGCAACAAGAAGAAAAAGAUAAAGAAGAAGAGAGUGGUGAUGAGCAGCUCAAAGACUGCUCUCCGGAGCCAGAGACAACCCAGGGCUCAGCAGCAGGUUUCUGUCCAGAAGAAGAAGAAAGAUGUCCAAAGUGUCUCUCAGUCAGGUCCAGGAGGAGACUCUGUGAAGGAGGUGAAACGACCGGGUAAAGUGUCCUCAGGUGUCCCGCUGGAGAGCCAGAGGAAGCUGUCCGAUGCCAGCAACGCUUCAGAGGACCUGAGCAAAGACUCCGGCUGUCCGUCUGGUAAGCUGUCCUCCUCAGACAGCAGCUCAGAGAUAUCAGACUGCACCUCGGAGGGCAACAAUAAGCAGGACUCUCCGAGCAGCGACAAUGAUUGUGUUAGCCCGGACAGCCCGCAGGAGAGAGGAGACGGUAAACCGUGCGUGAAGGCACCGAGGAGGGAGACCUGCUCUCUGCAGCCGGAUGAUGCUGCCAGAGCCGGGCUCAGUCUGUAUAACUCCUCCGAGGCGUUUAUGGAUCUCAUGAUGGGAGACACAACCGAGGAUCUGGUCCGGGAGGUGGACGAUCUGAGAUCAGAGAACGAAUAUCUGAAAGAUGAGGUUGAGGAGCUUCGCUGUGAGAUGCUGGAAAUGCGUGACAUGUUCCAGGAGGAGGAGGUUUACCAGCUGCAGGAGCUGCGGCUGCUGCUGGAGCAGGCCAACAAGUCCUGUCGUAUCCUGCACUACCGCCUUCGCAAGGCCGAGCGCCGCAGCAUCCGUGUGGCUCAGACGGGGCAGGUGGACGGGGAGCUGGUCCGGAGCUUGGAGCAUGAUAUCAAGGUUGCAAAGAGUGUGUCCCUCCGUCUGUACAACGAGCUGGAGGCGGUGCAGAAGAAGGAUUCCCAGUUGGAGUGGGAAAAUGAGGCGCUGCGUGAGAAGACUCAGGAACUGGAAGUGGCAAAGCAGGUGUUGCAGGCUGAGGUGGAGAAAACCAGAGAGAGCACUCUGAAGAAGAAAAGCAUCCGAUCGACAGCCAGCAGAGCUGAGAAGAGGCUCUCUCAGCAGAUUGAGGAUGACAGCGCUGAUCUCAGGUGCCAACUCCACUUUGCCAAAGAGGAAUUAGCUCUCAUGUGCAAGAAGCUCACCAAGUUGGUAUCAGAGAGCGAGAGCAUGCGUGAGGAGCUGGCCAAAUACCACUCAGCCUACGGCGGCAUAGACGCCACCCAAUAUCCUGAAGGCAAACAAAACUACACCCGCGCCAGGGAGGCAGAGGUCAAAGUUCACCUGAAACUGGUGGAAGAGGAGGCCACGCUCCUCAGCCGGCGCAUCGUUGAACUGGAAAUGGAGAACCGCGGACUGCAAGCAGAAAUGAGCGACCUGAGGGAGAAAAUGGGACGAGGAGGAGGGGAAGAAGAAGAAGAAGAAGAGAAUCGGGAUGUGUUGGAAGAAAAUCUGUCAGCUUCCACGCCGGCGAAGGACAGAGAGGGAAGUUUGAAAACAGGACGCGCAAUGUACGAGCAGGGUCAGGACGAGGAAGAAGAGAAAAGUAAAGGUGACGUUGAGGCUUCAUCACAGACAGAAGGGAUGAUUACUGCUUGUAAUAUUACUAGAGAGGGUCCUGUGGGCGGUGAGUGGGACCCUUCAGACAGUCAUGAGAGCGAUAAGAACCAAAAACCUGACAGAGGUCUCAAAGGAAUGACGGUGAAAGACUAUGAAGCUCUUCUAGCUCUCAGAGAUCAUUCCUGCGUUUUGAGUUCAGCCAUCCAGCUCCUGGUGAUGCCACCAAAAAACGGGCACCGCUCACCUUUUACCUCUCCGACAGAGGUGGACUUGAAUGGCAAGGCCCAUAAGAUAUUCUCACCGGGGCCUUUGAAUGAGGCUUUGGAGCUUCAACAGGCCAUGCUGUUAGCUUUCAUCGGGAGAGUGGAGACGCUCCUAACAGGAGAAGAUUCAGGCGUUCACAAGGACGGACGUGUUUGGGAUUCCUGCACUUUCUCCUCUCUCUCUGAAGACUGUAAAGAUCUUAAUCUUAACGAGUCACCAAGUAAGCAGGAGUGUGUAGAAGACCUCCGCACCUCAGAGGUUAAGGAGAGAGAAAAACAAAUGAGACAAUCCUUCCAAUCGAACUUCAUCCGCAGCUGCAGGGCCCCAAAAAUGCGACUGUCCUUGCAGAUUCUGUGGAUCCUCCAUCAGUGGUGUCAAGCUAAAGGACCCCUGGAGGGGAAAGAGGGUAAAGACAGAAUCAUGUCUGCGCUGCGGGGGUUGUUGCAAGACCUCGGCGCAGAGCUUCGGGAUGAACGGAUUGAACCCGACAGUGAGGCCAAGGCCAAGCAGGGCAGGGCAGCUGAGUGUGCCGGUAUCUUUCAUGAUGAAGCUGACAGGACGUGCAGCUCAAAAGUGAAAAGACUUCGGGUUUCUCCACAUGACUGUGAGAAGAAGAAGAACUGGUGCUAUCUGAGCCAGGAGGCGGCCCAGCUGGACCAAGAAGACCCCGUUAAGACGUGGGACCAUCUAAUCAUGCCGCUUAGCUUCCCUGAUCUGGACUUUGAGCAGAUGUCCAUGGAGAGGAGCCACACUGCCCCGGAGAAGUCUGCCUACCGCAUCUACUACAGCCCCCCGUCAGCCAGAAGAGUCCAGCUGGCUCAGCUGAAGCAAAGCCCCGUCGCAGACAGAGAGUCUGUCAACUCUGGCUCUUGUUGGUGCACGCCGGCGACCUCCUUCUCUCCGCUCUGUCUGGGCUCAGCUGCUAACCUCAGCGACGACAUGAAGGAAAUGACGGCCAGCUGGAGGCAGUCAGUUCAUGGCGGUUCACAGGAGAGGAGGGGGAGAUUACAGCAGCGGUGGGUGGACGUGGCCUGCUCAGGUACUCAGACCCACAUGAAGCCACAGAUGGUGAGCGUUGGUCUGCAGACAGAUGGGUCAGUGACUGUGAGAGGCAGUCCAUCCCGGGUCCUGAGCACCUCCCUUGUCUCCGCCCGCUCUCACCACAUCUCCACCUCACUGGACGGGGUGCCAGGCAGAAUCGAGAGGUCCAGAUCCUCCACCUCCUCACCUAAACUGUACCGGAGACACUCUGCAUCCGGUGCAUCCUCUCCCUCCUCAUCCACCAAUAUGACCUCCUCCUCCUCAUCUCCAUCCACCUCCAGAGACCGAGCACUGUGGAACCUGAACCACCAAAGCCACACCGGCCUCACGUGGACUCGACAAACCAGUCACAGAACCGUCGCAGGACAGAGCCACAGCUCUCUGGGUAGCGCCAAGCCUCCAAGCAAACCUGUAGGCGCCAACCGUUAUGGCAUGGUCACAGAGUUCCUGCGCAGGGUGAGCGGCCGGGCAGAGAAACCGGUACCGGUACCAGUACCGGGGUCAGGGCAGAAGACGAAGAACGGUCUGAAGAACCUGGAACGUGUUCCAACGAGGCCUCCCGCCGCUCCGCUGCACAGGAACGACAGCGUGACGAGGAUCGUCAACCAGAGGUUCAUGAAGCAGAGAGAGGAGAAGGGGAGCAGUCUGAACCACGGCGUCCGACAGAGCCCAAAUACACUCCCAACAGAGGAGGGAAACUACGACUGCAGCUCCAGCAGCACUUUGACCUUCUGCUUCGCCCGCCCAUCUCGCUCCACCCAGAGACAAACGUCAAACCAGAGCAAACUCCACCGACACAGACACUCGCCUCCAGCGAGCGCCGCUGCAGACUCCAACCGUGAGUGAACGGGCGGAGAAACGGCAGCUAUUACUGACACUUCUGGACAGCUGAGAGCGGUCAGAGCGACGGGGGAAGGAAUUUAAAAUGUAAUCUUCAAAUGUAAACCCUGCUUUACUGCAGGAUGGUUGAACUGGGAGAACUGGUAGACUGUAUGUGGGAUGUUUAGGCUUCAUAGCUCAGUCCUUGUGUUUUCUUUUGGUGCAAUUUAUAACACUCGUCUCCUUUUACAGAUGGGUUUAAUGUGGAUUACAACUAUAAUGUUACAAAGCUUAAUUCAUAUUUACAACUUAAACUUUAUAUGACACUGAUUUUGCACUUAUAUUGUAAACUGCAAAUUAACUUUAUAUUAUCUUUGUAGUACUUCGUAGAGAAUAACCUCUUUUUAUUGAAUAAAUAUCUACUAGAUCUGAA